AUGGUUCAAACCAGGUCUGCUAGCAAAAGGCCAGCGCAGUGGCCCUCUGCAUCUGCCACCCGUCCAACCAAGCCGAGCAAACUGGAAAGGAAACGCAAGCAGUCGGCGGAUGACGCUUGGGUGGACGUUCAUCCCGACCCGCAGCUGGGUAUCUCACGGCAUGCGUGGGCGACUACGGUCAUCGGCAUCAGUCGUCUCCUUGACCGGGGCGCCGCCGGCUGGCUGCACGAUCAGGGGAUGAUAGAAUGCAAAGCCCAAAAGAUCCAUACCUCCAUUCAAUCCUGGGUGAUUUCCUAUGCCAUCGGGAAUGUCCGGGGGCUAUCCGACCAGAAGCUCGACGGCAUCAUCGCCAGCCUGGAGGAUUACUGCGUUCAGGAAAAGUGGUUCACCCUCGAAACCCUAUUCCCACGCCGCGCCCUCAAGUACUCCGGGGAGCUCCUGGCUGGAGCGCUCCUGCAGAAGGCUGUCCACUCGGCAUUCUUCGAAAACCCCUUCUGGUAUUUGGAUGGGAAGUCAACCCGUGACGAUGAUAGCGACGAGGGCGAGUUUGCAGCCAAGCUUGAGUAUCUGUAUGACCGCUUUUACGAGACCAACCCGACCUUUGCCACCGUCUGGAAGCGGCAGACCCAUCGACUGCCCCCCAACGCCGUGUUCGGCGAAUACAACAGCCAGCGCCAGGAGGCCGUCGUGGAGCCCCUCGCCGAUGCCCUUCUGGCGGAUGAGCAAUUCUGCCAGCUCCUCAUCAAGGGAUUGACUCCCGAGGAGGCGGCGGAGCGGCGAGCCUACCUAGUCGACAUCUUCGGGGACGGUGUGGAAGCAAUGUUGAUCCUGGAGGCGCACCUGGGAGGGCAUCGCACAAUCAAGCGCCUCCCGGAACUGGAGCCCAUCUACCGGUCUGACGACAAGUACGUGGGUUACACUUAUUACACUACGCCGAGGGAUUUGCCUCACGAUGGACGCCGAAUCCUGCUCGUCGUCCGCCCUGCCAUCAUAUAUUCGGACAUCGAGGACGACUACGACAUCCCGGGUCGGACCAAGCCUAACAUCGUUCAACGUGCGCAUGUUCUACUUGAGAGGAAUGUCAAGUCCGAGCAGGAAGCGAAGGAAGCGAGGAGGGAAAGGGGAGAGAAGGAGGACGACGAGGAGGACGAGCAGGAGAAAGAAGCGGAAGAUGAUAAUGGCACCACCGCCUGGGAAAAAGCCAAACAUAAGAAGAACAAGGAGCGAUACCGCCGUUCAGUAUAG